ACAUCUGGAUUCUGGGAAGGGGAGCAGGGCCCCACAGCCGCGCGGGCACGCACACGCUCCCCAGCGAACCCCGGUCUGCCGGGAGCCUGCUGCUCAGAGGCUUCCCUCGGCUCCUGAUUUCUAAGAUGGAGCAAGAGGCCGAGCCGUGGGGCCUAGAUCCCCAGAGUCCUGAGGACACGGAGAGCCAGAGAGGCACCCCCACAGGCAGUGAGUGCGACAGACAAGAGAGUGUGAGUGAUAAUGAAAAAGAGACUCCUCAGCAGGAAGACUCUGAGAAUGAAGAUGUUGAAGAGAUACCCUUUGGAGUUGAACCUCAGAGUCCAGGCUUUGAUGAAAUUGCUGAGAUGCCUCCAAGCCCUGAGGAAAAGGAUCCUCUUGAUCUCUCUUUGGAGGAUGACCCCCUGGACUCUUACACUGAAGGGUAUGAGGAUCAACCCCCUAGGGACCUGCCAUUGGGGACCACCUUUGAGAUGCCUUCAGGGACUCUGCUCACUGACCCCCGGUUUGAGAUACUUCAGGAGAACCCUCUCAACCUCUCAGAGGCCAUCCGAAGCCAGUCUAGACGUGGGGGGGCCCCUAAAGGUCAAGGUAGGCAGCCCCCACGACCCAAUAUUUGUGGCAUCUGUGGGAAGAGCUUUGGGAGAGGCUCCACCCUGAUUCAACACCAGCGCAUCCACACAGGAGAGAAACCUUACAAAUGUGAAGUCUGUGGCAAAGCCUUCUCACAAAGCUCUGAUCUCAUCAAGCAUCAGCGCACACAUACAGGUGAACGGCCAUAUAAAUGCCCCCGUUGUGGCAAGGCCUUUGCUGACAGCUCCUACCUGCUCCGCCACCAGCGGACCCAUACAGGCCAGAAGCCCUAUAAGUGCCCACACUGUGGCAAGGCCUUUGGCGACAGCUCCUACCUCUUGCGCCACCAGCGCACCCAUAGCCAUGAGCGACCCUACAGUUGCCCCGAUUGUGGCAAGUGUUACAGCCAGAACUCAUCCCUUCGAAGCCACCAGCGUGUCCACACAGGCCAGAGGCCCUACAGCUGUGGCAUAUGUGGCAAGUCCUUCUCACAGCGCUCGGCCCUCACCCCUCAUGCCCGAAGCCACACCCGAGAGAAGCCCUUCAAGUGCCCUGAGUGCGGGAAACGAUUUGGCCAGAGCUCUGUGCUUGCCAUUCAUGCCCGAACCCACUUACCUGGCCGAACCUAUAGCUGCCCUGACUGUGGGAAAACCUUUAAUAGAUCAUCCACCCUGAUUCAGCACCAGCGCUCCCAUACAGGCGAACGGCCCUAUAAGUGUGCUAUCUGUGGAAAGGGCUUUUGCCGUUCCUCCACCCUCCUACAGCACCACCGAGUCCAUAGUGGUGAACGGCCCUACAAGUGUGACGACUGUGGCAAGGCCUUCUCACAGAGCUCCGACCUCAUUCGCCACCAACGGACGCAUGCAGCUGGGAGGCGUUGACCAUAGGAACCCCAGGGAGCAGAAAAAGGGUUACAUUGGGAGGGAGCGGGGAUAAGCAGCCUAGAGAAGUAGGUAGAGGUUUUUUGGGGGGAGGGGGAAGGGAGAAGGGUUAGGGUCAGGCAUUUCGUUUCAGAAAAAGGAAAUUGAACAUGAAACUCCCUUCAGAAGCUGGGGGUAAAAAGACUUCUGUGUUCUAGGAGAAAUGAAUGCUUUGGCUUUUUAUGGGAAGAUAUCCCUGAAAAAGUUUUUAAAUAAGGGGCAGGAAGCAACAACCAAAAGCAGGCCUUCCCUGUGCCCUCUGAAAGUCUUUGGGAGAAACAGAGAAUAGGCAGAGCUGACUGCCUACGCACCAGUGCCAUCUGCUGGACUUCCAGAGAUGACAAGUUGCUAGAUAUAGGGGGAUAGCUCUCUAGGUGGUUAGGUAGUGGGAAUUAGCUUAGUUGGGGAGCUCCCAGGCCCACUGGGAGAGGGUCGGGGAGAGGGUGGGACUGAGGAUUAGGGUGGGGAUUCAGGUAUCUGGAUUGGGCUUUGCCCCAGCUUCAGCCUGGAGUCUCCUCUGCCCCAUCCUGCUGCGAGUCACUGAUUCAAUAAAAACCUCAUUAUGGAAA